AUGAAGGUAAUCAGCACCACUGCCGUUCUCUCGCUGAUCGCCACCAUGGCUUCGGCCCACGACUGCCCUCUUGAGUCCGAGUGCGUCCAGAAGUCGUGCAAGAACUUCCAGCUCACAGAGGGGCCGAACAAGCCUUACAUCGUUUGGAAUACGGACGGCGUUGCCAAGAGAUGGAUACUCUCUGCCGAGUGUAAGGACAACGCCGGUAAGAAGACCCUUACCGACCUCAACUUGGGACUUUGCCUUGGCAACCUCGACGGCAACCUCACCUGGCUCAAGUCCGGCGACUUUGACUGCAAGAGCUGCAAGCUCAAGAACACCGAUCCCUUGCUCAUGGAGUGCUUGUGCUACUCCAAGAAGAAGAAGCCCCUUGUCAGAGAGAUCAGUCUCUCCGAGGGCAUCUGGGUCUAUGAUGGUGCCAUCGGAUGCUACCAGGCCAAUUGGUGCAAGACCCCCGGCAUUGGCAGCUACUAA